CAAAAUGAGCAAAGUGAGCCUGCUUGACUUUUGGGUGAGUCCCUUUGGCAUGAGGGCGCGGAUCGCCCUCGCCGAAAAGGGAGUUGAAUUCGAGAGACAAGAAGAGGAUUUAUUUGGAGGAAAGAGUGAUCUACUCCUCUCUUCAAACCCUGUAUACAAGAAGGUGCCAGUCCUUCUGCAUGAUGCCAAGCCUGUCUGUGAAUCUCUUAUAAUCCUCAAUUACAUUGAUGAUGCAUGGCCCGAGAAACCAUUGCUCCCCCAGUGCCCCUACGAGCGUGCGCAAGCCCGAUUUUGGGCCGAUUUCACUGAUAAGAUUUUCGAAACGGGAAGCAACGUAUGGAGGAGCAAAGGGCAAGCUCAAGAGGAGGCCAAGAAAGAAUUCAUUGAUUCUAUCAAACUCUUGGAAGGGGCCUUAGGAGAGAAGAAAUACUUUGGGGGAGAGACGUUUGGAUUUGCCGAUAUUGCGACUAUCGCUAUUGCAUCAUGGUUUUAUGCUUAUGAGACCUGUGGGGGCUUCAAGUUGGCAGAUGAGUGCCCCAAAUUUGCUGCAUGGAUGAAGAGAUGUGGGGAGAGAGAAAGUGUUUCUACUGUUCUUCCUGAACCAUCCAAGGUUUAUGAGUUUGUCUGCAUGAUGAAGAAGAUGCAUGGGCUUGAGUAG